GCCCUCCUCCGGGAGCCCGGGGCACGCCCGCAGACCGGCACGAGACCCGCGCACGCCUCGCGACGCGACGCCCGAGCUCCCCCCCCCGCCCCCCGGUGCGGCGAGCCCCCAUAGGCGCGCCCUCGCCACGCACCCCGACAAGGGCGGCUCGCCCGAGGAGUUCCGGGCCGUCGUCCACGCCUACGAGAGGCUCUCGGCCGCGGUGGCCCACCUGCCGGCGGAGGCCGAGGCGCCCCUGCACGCGGAGGCGGUGGCCAAGCAGGAGCUGGCGCGCCUGCAGCUGGAGCCCCCCGCGGCGUGGGGCCGGCUGCUCGCGGCGCUCGACGGGGCGGUGCUGGACGCCGCCGGCGCCUGGCUGGCGGCGCGGUGCCGAGGCCUCCAGGAGAGGGCGCGGCGCUGCGAAGCGGAGGCGGGGCGACGGCGAGAGGGCCAGGCCGGUGGAAGCUGGCGCGGGCCUGACCCGCAGCAGCAACGGCAUGUGGCGGGUCCAGGUGGGGUGGCGCAACUUCAAGGUCUCGGCCGAGCUCGAGUGCCUGCACCGGGCGCUGGAGAUCCACACCUUCCUCUGCGACGCCCGGAACCAGGCCGCGAGCCGCCACGCCCGCACCCUGGCGGAGCUGGAGGCUGUCGGCGCCCCCAGCAGGGCGGUCGGGGGCCACGAGCUGGACGACUCGCCGCUGCUGACGGCCGGCGAGCUGGCGGCGGUGCUCCGCGAGGACCCGCUGGCGCCGCUGCUCUUCAGCUCGGACCUGGGCGUCAAGGGCGGCGGGCGCCGGCAGACGGCGUGGACCCCGUGCCUGGGCACCGCGCUGCGCUUCCGGCUGCUGACGCGACAGGUGCAGGCGCGCGGCGCCGAGCACGGCAGGCUCGUGGCGCUGAUGGCCGACACGGCGGCCCGUGAGCGGCGCGGCGCGCAGGAGGCCGAGGUCGCCGCCCGGCUGGCCGCCGCGGUGGAGGACGAGAGGGCCCGCAGGACGAAGCGCAGCGCGCCAGACGACAUGUCCUCCGUGAGGGAGGGCCUCCGGAGCCUGACCCGGGAGGUCCUCGCCCUGGCCAGCGCGCCGGCGCCCGCGCCGAACCCGUUCGGUCGGCGCCGGGCGCUCGUCCUCGAGGACC